UGAUCAUGUCUUUGGCCUUUAUUUUGUAAUUUUCUCCUAUUUUUAUUUGACCCGGAAUCACAUCGUGUUCAUCAUGCCUUAAAACAUCUCCUCAACAUAUACAUUUAGAAAAUUAUCAAAGCGAAUAAUUCAAUUUCUUUGCUUUUUAAGCUAUUUAAGCGUUCCAUCAAUAAUAUCACCAUUUUUCAAUCAUUUACGCCGUUGUGAAAGAGAAAAGAUGUCGAGGGAUAAUUUGUAGUAAAGGAAAAGGAAAUUUUCACCGCUGAAGAAAAUCGAUGAUUAUAAGAUUGGAAUUUAAUUUCGAUUUAAAAUUCUAAUGGAAAACAAUUUUCAUUUGAAAAGUUGUUUCACUUGAAGAAACUUGCGCCAUCUUUUGAAUCUGCCCCAAAACAUGGGUUAAAAGUUGCUUUUUCAAGUAAUUUGUCAUGUCAUCACCAUGAUUGUUUUAUGCAAACCAACCAACGAGAAAUUUAAAUCAUCAUGAUGACAAUAAUUUAUUUAAACAAAUGAAUUUUUGUAUCUAGUCCAAUCUUCAUAUCACAUUCAUCAACACGAUAAAGUUCUCGAAAAACAGGAACAACAAAACCGUUUUCGAUUUAUUUGAGAGAGAGAGAGAGAGAAUGGAAUUGAUCAAGUGAUUGUCAUCAUUCAUGAAUGUUUUCCAUACACAUCGAUCGAUCGUAUUUUCGACAAACGCAUCAUCAUCAUCAUCAUCAUCGCCAUUGUACAACAUAUUGCUAAUUAGUAGGACAUUAUUAGCAUAUAUUCGAAAGUGUGUGUUCGAUUCCAGUUCAAUCGAUUUCUUUCCUGUUCGAUUGGUCAAAGCAUCAAACUAUUCUUGACUGACAGUUACCGAACGUUGUAUAAAAAUGAAUUUCUAUUUAUCAACUGCUUUGUUUGCCUUGGUUUAUUGUUCGAUGAUCGACAUUCAAGUUUCAUCGCUUCAUCAUGCAAAUAUCUCACCAUUGAAAACGAUAUUCGAUGUGAAUGAAUCCAAACCUUUGUUGAAUAAGAUAGUAUUGGAUGGAUUUUUCGAACCAAAUUUAGAUGUUUCCAAUAAUGAUGAUGAAAGUGAAACAACAACGACAAAAGUUACCGGAAGUGAACAACUUAAAGAUUUAAAAGUUUGUGUUUCACUCACACCUGGAUAUUCAUCAACAAGAAAAAAUCUAGUAAAUUAUGAAUGUCAAGCUAGAAUCUGUACAACGGGUGAUUUUGAUCCAAUUGUCGAUUUGUCCAAUGAUGAUAAUGGUUAUCAUUUUGAAAGACCGAUGUUUGAUUGGAAAACUGAAUUGAAUCAUUUGCUUUUAACGAAUAGUUCAUGUGACGCAGAAAGAAAAUUUUGUAAAUUCAAUCUUGAUAUUAAUGUUGGUAAUUUUGUCCAAGAAAUGGAACGUUCAGGAAUGAAAGAAAUGAAAAUUAGCUGUAAUGUUGCCGAUUUUAUUCGAAUCAACAAUGAUGAACUUGGACGUGAUAAUCGUUAUCAUUAUGUAUCUGGACAAGCCGAUGCAUUUGUUAAAGUUUUCAAAGGAAACCGUAUCCAUCAAACUUGUAAUCGAACUAGUGAUUGUGGUGAGAAUAUGGUAUGUAAUCCAAAUUCAUCUAAAGAUCAAUCAUCCAUGUCCAACAAUGGAUAUUGUGAAUGUCCAAAUGAAAGUAUCCAGAUUCAAGUAGAACGACAAUCAGGAACUGAUGUACGAUUGAAUACAUACGUUUUAGUCAUUGAUCAUCAUUAUGAUGAACUUGUGUGUGCUAAAAAACGAAAUCUCAACGAAUCCUGUCAAUAUGAUCAACAAUGUUCAUCACUCGAUCCUAAUAGUUAUUGUAGGCCGAUAUAUUCACCACGUGGUUUUGCUACACGUUCUUCAAUAUGUGAUUGCCAAUUCGGUUUUGUCGAAGAUCGACGUGCUCAAAGCGGUAAAUGUGUAAAUGUUUAUUCAACACGUGAUGACGAACAAGAAGAGAAGAAAGGACCACCUGAUUAUCGAUUAUCGAAUUAUCCAACCAUCGUUCCGAAGGGAGUGUAUGUUUGGUGGAUUAUCCGGCCAAACAAUUCCAAUUAUACUAAUCGAAUCACAUCAACUUAUCGAUUUCUUUGGCAACGUUAUACCCAUCAAAGAUAUAUCACUCAAUUGUUAAUGGCUGUCAUGUUAUUCAUACCAUUUUUCGUAUUGCUCAUAUCUAGUACUUAUCUUCACUAUUAUCGACGAAUGUUGGGUAAACGACAAUAUAAACCAACAUUACAUGCAAUGAAUUCAAUUUCUAUACCGCCCAGUAUUGCAUCAAAUGAACAUAUAUCGCACAAAUCAAACAACUCAGAUAUGAAAAAACAAAACAUUCACCCGAUAUCAAUGUCACAAGGAUCUGAAUUUGAUAAUAAAUCAAUCCAGCACACCACAUACAAUCAUCAUAAUGGUAACAAUGGUCAAGGACAGAAAAAAAUGGACAAAAUGGAAUUGAUUAAAAAUGAUCAAUUGAAUCAAUUUUAUCAAAUUCAAUUUCAGUAAAAUAUAAAUAAUUUCUCGUUACAAAAAAUGAUAAAUCGACAAAAAAGCAGGACACACACAGUGUUGCUCUGUUGUACAUAUACAAUUCUUAUACCAUUGAUGAUAUAUUGGAAUUUGACAAAAAAAAUUGACAAUUAUUGGACGACAAAAAAUAAAAUUCAAAUAAAACA